AUGACAGAGAAUAGACAACAAGUUUCAGACACUAUAGGACAAUUGAUAAUUAAUUCUUUGUUUCCUGAAGGAAAUGAAAGUCAAACAUCACAAGGGCAUAGUAAUACAUUAAAUGAAGCAUUAUUGGCUUAUAUAAAAAUAACAGAAGAUGGUACUGGAAAUACCGUGACUUCACCUUCUGUCAAUGAUCCUUCAACAGGGAAAGGAAUCAAAGGAGAAGUCAAGAUUAGAUAUUUGUUAGCCUCAAUCAAACGUAGUGGGAAACUUAGUGGGAAACUUUUUCUUCAUAAAUCAAAAAUGAAUAGCAAUGAUACUUUUUCCAUUGUCAAUAUCGAUGAUACUAUCGUACCAGAUUAUAAACCAUCAUCUACACCAAGCACUCCAUCUAAACCGCAAACUGCUCCAAGCACACCGUCCAAAACACCAAUCACUCCAAACACACCAUCAAAUGAGUUUGAUAAUUACGUUGCGGCAGCUUCUUUAAAAGAUAGGUUGGCACAUUCAAACAAAUCUAAUUCAAGUUUAAAAAGUAUUGGAGGCAAAAAUAGUAGAUCAAUUACACCUUCGUUAUCCAUGGGUGGUGGUCAAAGUGAUUCAAAUAGUAUAACAAAUCAAACUGAUGAAGAUGAUGAAAUGAAACAAGAAGAAAUUUCUUUAAUAAAUGUUGGAGAGUUACUUAAUGACUUUGAUUGGAAAGGAAGUGGAAAUGCUGAAGCCUUGGAAGAAAGAUUAUUAAAUGAAUUGGCUGCAUUGGAAUCUGCAAAUAUACAUGCAAUGAUAGAAUCAGAUGAUAGAAUUUAUGCAGUUAUUGAACAAAUUGAUUAUGCUAUUUCAGAAUUGGAUAAUAUGGAUCAAUGGCUAACAUUAUAUACAGAUGAAUUGAAUAGUAUGGGUGAUGAUAUUCAUCAUAUUGAAGGUCAAAAUAGAGGCUUACAAGUACAAACAGCUAAUCAAAAGGCUUUACUCUCUGAACUUGACAGACUUCUUCAAUCCAUAACGAUAUCUGAUAAAGUGAUCAAAAUAUUAAAACAUGAAUCGAUGGAUACACCUCAAGGUGUACAAAAUAUCGAACAAGCCGCUACACACUUAAAACGUGUAUUAGAAACUCCAUUUGAUGAUGCAACUAAAGACAUGGCAGCUGUAAAAGAAUUAAUGAAAUCCUAUGAAUAUCAUUGUAAUAAUUUUUGUUCUCGUUUUUAUGAAUAUAUGAGAGCAGAGACUUUGCUAAAUGAUAAAAGUAGAGGACCACGACACAAUAAUCUCACUAUCCAAAGUCAUCAGGCAUUAGAAGAACAUUUAUUAAAAUAUCGUGGAAUUUCCUUAUGGAUGAAACAAAUGGAUCCUAGACGUCAUACUGAAAUUCAAACAUUAUAUGUGCUUUCUAAAGAACCUAUUUACAAAAAAGAAACCAAAGAAUAUUUAACAACAAUGAAGCAAUUAUUAUUCAAAAGAGAAUUAUCUGAAGAAGCAACUUAUGUGUUUAGUGCAGCAUUACUUCAAAAUAAUCGCACCAGUACGAAUUUUGGAAAUUGGUUGUCAAUAGAUAAUUCAAGGGCACCGUGGGAGUUUAAAGAUGGAGGUGGUGGAAAACUUCCACCUGAAGAAUCAUUUGAUCAUUCUUUACAAACAAUAAUUCCUUUGAUUAUUACCGAGAAAAAUUUUAUAGAAGAUUUUUUUCAUCUUGGAACUAAAAAACCACUUCCAAAAAAUCCACUCGAUGGUGACGCCGAUAUCGAAGAUAUUAAACUUUAUAAAAGAUUAUUUGAACAUAUGGAAAGGUUAUAUAACUUUAUGCCAGAUGAAUUAAAUUCAUUUAUCGAAUAUGAAACAUGGACAAGUUAUAUUUUAGAAUUAGUUAAUUAUCAAAAUAAAUGUCGUUUGAUCAAAGGUUGGGAUGAUUUAUUCACUAAAUGUGGUGAACAUUUAAAUUCCUUGACUGCAAUGAAAAUGUCACCUUACUAUAAAACAUUUGAGGAAGAGGCUGCUGGUUGGGAAGAUAAAUUGAAUAGAAUUCAUCUUUUAUUUGAUGUUUGGAUUGAUGUGCAGCGUCAGUGGGUUUAUCUUGAGGGUAUUUUUAGUGGUAGUGCUGACAUUAAACACUUAUUGCCUGUUGAAUCACAAAGAUUCCAAAAUAUAGAUACAGAAUUUUUAACAGUAAUGAAGAAAGUGUACAAGUCACCAUAUGUAGUUGAUGUGUUGAAUAUUUCAAAUGUACAAAAAUCAUUAGAACGGUUAGCUGAUCUUUUGAGCAAAAUUCAAAAGGCUCUUGGAGAAUACCUUGAACGUGAACGUUCCUCAUUCCCUCGAUUUUAUUUUGUUGGUGAUGAAGAUUUACUUGAAAUCAUUGGUAAUAGUAAAGAUGUUCUGAGAAUUCAAAAACAUUUCAAGAAAAUGUUUGCUGGUAUUUCCAACAUUUUAUUAAACGAAGACAAUACUAUAAUUACUGGUAUGGCAUCACGUGAAGGCGAAGAAGUUAUCUUUAAACAUCCAAUCUCACUCAAAGAACAUCCAAAAAUUAAUGAUUGGCUUACAUUGAUUGAAAAAGAAAUGAAAGUCUCACUUGCUGAAUGGCUGACUGAAUCAUUUAAUGAACUUGCCGUUUUUUAUCUUGCCGAUGAUUUAGACACCCCUUUGUUUUUGAACUGGAUAGAAAAAUAUCCUACACAAUUAGUAGUUGUAGCAUCACAAAUUAUUUGGACUCAAUCAGUUGAAAAAGCUUUAUCAACCAUGGAACAAACAGAUCGUAACGAUAUUGCACCAUUAAACAACGCACUUAACUGUUGUCUUCGUGCAUUGGAUCUUUUAGCUGACACUGUGCUUCAAGACCUACCAACCACACAACGUAAAAAAUGCGAACAUCUUGUUACUGAGAUUGUUCAUCAACGUGAUUUGCUUCGUCAACUCAUAAAAAGCAAAACAUCAUCACCAAAAGAUUUUGAAUGGUUGUAUCAAAUGAGAUUCUAUUUUAAUUCUAGUCUGGAAGAUCCUUUGGCUAUUGGAGGAUACAUUGAACGUGAAAGUUCCGCAUUGGCUAGAUUUUAUUUUGUUGGUGAGGAAGAUUUACUUGAAAUCAUUGGUAAUAGUAAAGAUGUUCUGAGAAUUCAAAAACAUUUCAAGAAAAUGUUUGCUGGUAUUUCCAACAUUUUAUUAAACGAAGACAAUACUAUAAUUACUGGUAUGGCAUCACGUGAAGGCGAAGAAGUUAUCUUUAAACAUCCAAUCUCACUCAAAGAACAUCCAAAAAUUAAUGAUUGGCUUACAUUGAUUGAAAAAGAAAUGAAAGUCUCACUUGCUGAAUGGCUGACUGAAUCAUUUAAUGAACUUGCCGUUUUUUAUCUUGCCGAUGAUUUAGACACCCCUUUGUUUUUGAACUGGAUAGAAAAAUAUCCUACACAAUUAGUAGUUGUAGCAUCACAAAUUAUUUGGACUCAAUCAGUUGAAAAAGCUUUAUCAACCAUGGAACAAACAGAUCGUAACGAUAUUGCACCAUUAAACAACGCACUUAACUGUUGUCUUCGUGCAUUGGAUCUUUUAGCUGACACUGUGCUUCAAGACCUACCAACCACACAACGUAAAAAAUGCGAACAUCUUGUUACUGAGAUUGUUCAUCAACGUGAUUUGCUUC